AUGGCAUCAAAGGAGCCGAAAGAAGAACGUGACCCUCCUAUCGACAUCGACAGUGGGACUUCCUACUUCGCCUACCUCAUUCGGAAUGCCCACGCGAAGACAGAGGAGGAUGCCGAUGACGAGGAGGACGAAAACAUGGAAGACGAAGAACUCCUUGAAAAUAUUGAUCCGGGAGAGGACACACACAUCUCCACCCUCAAGCAAUUCCUCCGUAGCUGCACACCCGCCGACCUCCUCCACAACGCACCGUUCCCACUCUCAAUUCUCCACCAAGCAGUUCAUAUCGCAGUCACCGAGAUCCGCCAACGACUCGACCCAGAACUCGAGGCAGUCAUUCAUAUGGCUGGUGAGAAGCAGCACAACGUCGCCGUGGAAGAAGGCAGAUUCUGGGACCGACGUCUGGACGUUGAUGCUCUGGUCCCGAGUGCCAUUCAAAGCCAUGGGUACCAGGAAACCGUGUGGCUGCUGGAAGAGUGUAGGGAUGAGAUUGCGUGGUUAGAAAAUGAGACAAGGCGGUUAGAAACGCACUGUGAGAUUGCGAGGCAGUUGGUGAUGACUGGAGAGAGGAAGGCAUUUGUGUUUCGGCCGAAUCCGAGGAAAGACUUCGUGAAGAAGAAGAAAAGCGAUGGAGAGGAGGAUGCGAAAUUAAAUAUUAAGAAGGGGACUGAGGAGGAUGAGGAGAUGCUUGAUGCGGGCGAUGUCAAGCAGGAGGAUCGUGGGAGAUAUGACAGCCUGAUCGACGGCUCAUGGAGCAAUGUCAAGGCGAAAUGA